AUGGACGAGCUCACUGCCGGCCACCUUCUGCCUGAAUGGGGAGGAGCUGGGAAUAGGGGACUCCUGCCAGCCGUCGGCGUCGACCAGGCGGCCGUGGAGUGUCGUGCCGUCCGCCGAAGGCUGUCCAGUGCUACCACCAGGCACCACGGAGGAGAUCACCCAGCUGGUUCUUUACACAGAUUAUGUGGGUGUUAUCUCACUGCUCGGUCCUGUGAGAGUUUGUCUUCAGCUUUACAAUCCUCAAAUUGCCAUCUAAAUGUGCUGGACCUGAGGAACAAUGACCUGCAGGAUUCAGGAGUGAGGCUGCUUUCUAAAGGACUGAAGAGUCCAAACUCUAAGCUUGAGAUAUUGAGACUUUCCAUCUGUAAUCUCACUGCUCAAUCUUGUAAGAGUUUGUCAUCAGUUUUACAAUCAUCAAACACCUGUUUGAGAGACCUGGACCUGAGUAACAAUGACCUGCAGGAUUCAGGAGUGAGGCUGCUUUCUGAUGGACUGAAGAAUCCAAACACUAAGCUGGAGAUACUGAGAUUUUCCAUCUGUAACCUCACUGCUCAGUCUUGUGAGAAUUUGUCAUCAGUUUUACAAACAUCAAACUCUGUCCUGAGAGAGCUGGAUCUGAGUAACAAUGACCUGCAGGAUUCAGGAGUGAAGCUUCUUUCUGAUGGACUUAAGAGUCCAAACUCUAAGCUGGAGAUACUGAGGUUGUCUGGCUGUAUGGUGACAGAGGAGGGAUGUUGUUAUAUGUCUUCAGCUCUGACUUCACACCCCUCAUGCUUGAGAGAGCUGGAUCUAAGCUAUAAUCACCCUGGAGAUUCAGGAGUGAGGCUGCUCUCUGAAAAACUAGAGGAUCCAAACUGCUUACUGGACAAAUUCAAUGUGGAUAAUGGAGGAGAAUCCAGGAUUACAGCGGGACUACAGAAAUGGAUCUGUUUUCUGACACUGGAUCCAAACACAGCAAACACUGAUCUCAUUCUGUCUGAGGAGAACAGAAACGUGACAAGUGUGAGAGAGAAACAGCCAUAUCCUUAUCACUCAGACAGAUUUGAUGAGUAUCCUCAGGUGUUGUGCAGAGAGAGUUUGUGUGGACGCUGUUAUUGGGAGAUUGAGUGGAGUGGACAUGUGUUUAUAUCAGUGUCAUAUAAGAGCAUCGGCAGGAAAGGAUGGGGUGAUGAGUGUUGGUUUGGAUAUAAUGAUCAGUCCUGGAGUUUGUUCUGCUCUCCUGAUAGUUACUCAUUCAGACACAAUAACAUAGAUACUGAUCUCCCUAUGAAGUCCAUCAUCAGGAGAAUAGGAGUGUAUGAUAAUGAUUAUAUCAGUAGAAUAGGAGUGUUUCUGGAUCACAGAGCAGGAAUUCUGUCCUUCUACAGAGUCUCUAAAAACACAAUGAGCCUCAUCCACACAGUCCAGACCACAUUCACUCAGCCGCUCUAUCCUGGGUUUUAUGUUUAUUAUGGAUCAUCAGUGAAACUGUGUUGAUGAAGCAGACGAGACUGACAAGAGAUUCUACCCAUAAUGUUUUGAGCUGCAUGUAAAUCAGUUACAGUGAGAUGUGAGUCUCUUCAAUACAUUAAUACUGCAGUUGAACUUCUGUCACUGAAAUAACAGUCAGAAUAAAUGUGCCACAAAUCCUCAUAUAGACGGUAAGAUCUGUCUGUGUUUUUGUGUCUGUGUUUUUGUGUGUGUGUGGGAGAGAGAGAGAGAGAGAGUGUGUGUGUGUGUGUAUGUGUGUUUAUCUACAUUUGUGUUCUUAUUGUACUGUCACAUCAAUCAUUUGUAUUAUUAAUAUCAACAUUUUCUUUCAAUUGAAAAUUUUUUCAUGAAUCAUGUUUGUGAAAAGUAUUGUCAAUCAUUUUCUCUAUUGUUUUUAUGCAUAAAUAAUAAAACGCAACAAGAAAUGAA